AUGUCUUCAACGCCGCCAACAUCGCCACGUGGGUCUGGAAAGCGCAAGUCAUCGGACGAUGAUCUCGCUUUUCAGGUGUCGCCAACCAGAAGGCGCAAAUUGACGCACGAUCUUGACAUUCCCCAAAUGUCAGCAGAGAAUGCUGCAGUCAUCGCCACUGACGCUGGACCAAGUUCGCCUGAUGCGCACGCCAUAAGCAUGCAGCAUAGCGGAGAUGACAGGACGGAUCCAAAAGACGUCAUGUCUUCAGGGCAUGCUAGACACAAUGGUCUUCCAUCUUGCGGAGACUGGGAAGACUCUCUGCAAAGCGCUGAUGGGUCCUCUUCGUCGAGUGAUGUUUCGACAAUACACCCGGCUGAGGAAGCGGCGACCGAGAUUGUGCUGGAGACUUCAUCGAACCUCGAGUAUAGCCGCCAGCCUACUUGCCACGAGGACUGGGAGGACAACUAUGUGCAGACUGAGACGACCCAAAGACUCGUCGAGCUUUUGGGAGCACACGUCGAGCUCCGCCGCUGGGUAAAGGAGCAGUUUGUCCAGAUCCACAAACGAGAAGACAUCUUGGAUACUCUGACCAGGCACGGAAUCAGGCUUGAGGCGAGGAUUGACCGCCUGACGGAUCGACGAGGUUCGCAAGAGCGGCAACAUCCCGAGAUCGAGCAUCUUCUGGACAAGCUCCACCAUCUGCUAAGCGUUAUCCGGUCGAAGCAAUCCGAGCGGAACAAGUUGGUACUGGGUGCGAAUGAAGGUGCGAGUACGCUAAGCCGGAAAGCGUCUGCAAUAUGCUCGUUGUUCGAUAAGAUUGAUGUCGAGCAGUCUCAUCGUUUUGCAGGCUUUCCAUGCUACUUCUUUGACGACCUCGCCGAGUGCCAGUACCUUCACUGGCGUCGCACGCAGCUUGAGAUAGCGUUGGAACAUAGUCGGAAAGAACAGACCAUGAAGAGGGACGAGAUCUUCGAAGCGAUCGUCGCUGUGUUCCGCGCACGGCAGCAGCCGCAUCAAGACGGCAACGUCCCUCUGGCAAUCUUUGAGGAAGGACUGCACAAGCUGAGGACAUCGGACGCCCUUCUCGAAUUAGACCAGAUCUGCGAUAAUGCAGCAGCAGACCUGCAAGAGCUUGGGCCUCAACUCCGGCAAGCUGAGGUACGCCUCUACGACACUGUCGAAGAUUACUUCGUGGCCAAGAAUAUGGUUGAUCCUGCUAUGUUGCCGAGCGAUGAUGACGAUGAUGAGCUGGACUGGAUAUGGGACGGUGGAGAGAUGCCUUCCACGCCGUUGCAAGACCCUGACAUGCCCAUAGUAGACGAGGCCAGUCUCGCGGCAGAAUUGAAAGGUCGUCUGGCGGUUGUAUUAAAGGAGCGAUACAACGCCGCUGUCGAUCAACUCGAUUGGUGCGAGGAGCGUCUGGAUGCCAUUCGGCGGACUGAAAAUCUCGACGACAGUGAGAAAGCACUAGCAAAGGCUCAAGAUCAAGCCUUCUUCUUGGCAAAGCAGAAACGCACUCGUGAGCUUUCUGAUGCUCAAGCCGAAUACGAGAGGGUACUUAGAGACGCACAAGAUGCCGGUGUAUCGCGGGCUCCGGCCAAGUCGACAGGUUUCAGCAGCCAAGCCAGUGAUGGCUAUAGUCCCAGCAUCGUCGAAGCCCAUAACAGACGGACCGGUCAUCUCGAUGUGAAUGACUGGAUCCCGCCCCACACAGCAUUCGAGACGGCGAAUGAUCUCGAUCUCAUCACAGGUCGUCCCGUGGAAAUGCUUGCGCCUAGUGAGCCAGGUACGGGAGAAACAGCAGCUGUCGGGCUCCUAGACCUUGGCGAGAGCCACAGUACAGUUGCUGCCGGGAAAAGCAGGGCUCGGAUAGAUGGUUGGCUUGCGGUGCAGAAGCCACUUGCCAGAGAAAAAGAUGUGUCCACGCCGCGUCGGCGACGAAUGAGCGUGUAG